CUUAUUAAAUAGGGUCAUUUAUGAAAAGUGUUCGUCAUGGCAAUUCCUAGUACUACAGACUCUGACGAAGAAGAAAAAAUAUCCUGCUGGAAGAAGAUAAAGCGUCGCGUACCCGUCUUUACAGCAAUAUUUCUUAUGCUCUUCUGUAGCUCCCUCUAUUUUGUAUUUAUAGCUACACAUUUCUUCGUACUGAGAGAAAUAUAUUGGAAGGUUCUCGUAAUUGCUCAAGGACUAAUAGCAAUUUUUAUGUUCGUCAAUUUUCUAUGUGCUACAUUCAGUGAUCCGGGAUUUUUUCAAAAAUCAAAUGGACCCGAAGAUAACUUGAAUGACGGCCCUCUUACCCGUAAUAUUGAAAUCAGAUCAUUCAACGUCAAAGUUAAAUGGUGUUCGACAUGUUCCUUCUACCGCCCUCCACGUUGCUCACAUUGCUCUGUCUGUGAUUACUGUGUAGAGAAAUUUGAUCACCACUGUCCGUGGGUGAACAACUGCAUUGGCAUCCGGAAUUACAGAUAUUUCUUUGGCUUCGUCACUGGCCUCACAGUCCACAUGCUCUCCCUAGCCACUCUCAUCACUCUCUAUCUGGUGCAGAACUGGGACAGAAAGGAUUUCCAGUUUGUUGUUUGCUGGGUGAUAUUGGCCGUGUUGGUGAUUGCUUUCCCGCUGGUCGUUAGUCUUACUUGCUUCCACAUCUAUUUGGUAAUCACAGGGAGGACAACUAAUGAACAGGUCACCGGCAAGUUCGCAGCCGGACAUAACCCCUUCGACAUGGGCUGCUGGCCCAACUGCUGCUCAGUACUCUGUGGACCACAGUACCCUAGUUAUGCUGAGUUCACCUACAUCAACCGAGAGCAGCUGAAGGAGGCGAAUGUGUUAUGGAAGAAGAGAGCGACAGCAGAGGGGGCUAUCCAGUUGGGGGAGCCCACGGGUCUGUCAAACGUCGAGAUCCAACUGAUGCCAGAUCAGAAACAUCACCAGGCUGUGUUGGCAAAGUCAAACAAAAACAACCUGAUGCAUCAACAGAACUCAAUGUUCAUGUCCAAAAACGGACAAAUUGCUCCUCCCGCGACCGCAACGAUGGCCACUGCCAAUGGGAGCCAGAGGACCACUCCAACGUCUGUGGGUGGCCACGUGGUGUUCAGCGACAGACAGCAAACUGUUGUGAACUUGAACACUGUGGACGGAGUAGGAGGCGGAGGAAUGAAUACUACAGUAAACAACUUCAGCUCCAUAUCAAAUACUGCAAAUUCAAAUUCCACUGCGUUUCCCUCCCCCUCAAACAGGAAGACCUAUUCUGCCUUACAGAGAAGCGGUGGCGACAAGAGUCCCAAUAUGAAUGCACACUAUGUAGUGGCAUCUAAUGGAGGGCAGCAGCAGCAGACACAACCUACGUCAAUCAGCUACACAGGUGACAAAACAACACUUGCUCAGUCGCCCUCUAGCGCCAUGUAUCAACGCCAGAGCACUAGUCCCGACCUGAGGGUUACGAGACAGCAACAACAGCAGAAGUGGAAUCAGAAUCAGAUGGUAUCUGUAGGCACAAAGCCCACCACUAGAAUGAGCGGAUUCCAUAACGCCACAAGUAGCGGAGACAUGCUGGCCCCUGAUCUGUCGGAUCUCGAGUUUGAAAUAGGGAACACCGGAAAACAGCCGUCGCCAGGAGCUGCAUGGUCGACCGCAGAUCAUCUGAACAAUGAAGCUCACCUGAUGUCGCCUGUCAAUCAAGCGGGCUUGGGCUCCUGCACAAAGUCAAUAUCACUUCUAAAUGCAAUGCAAACAUGUGACAUGGCUGCUGGAAACAAUCAAAAAACAUCAUCUUAUAGGCCAAUCAAGGCGAAACUCCCCACAACCACUUCAUCCGGUGGGGCUGCCCAGAUGCCGACACGGAAUCCCCCCAAACCCCCUAGCAGAAGCUCAUCAAGUGAACAGUCGAAAACUAUAGACUUGAACACUGAGGAAAUAUUUGAAAUUAGUGUGUGAUAUUGAUAUGAUUAGAGAUUUGAUGACGGCUCAAUGCAUUACACUACUGUAGAUGCACAUGUAGUUGUGAUGUUUUGAACAUUGGUUAGAUACUUAUAGCAGUCGUAGUAUAAUAACAGUAGUAUUAAUAGUAGUGUGGCAUCUACCUUUUGGAAAUGAAACUAGAGUUAUUUAUCCCAAUUCCAAAUAUGAAAUAGUAGAUAUUCUAAAAAACUGAAAUUAUGCUGACAAAGAAACGGUCUGUUUUAUUCAAGAAUUAGACGAUAAGGUUGUUAUUUCAGUCUGUUCAUUGUAAAAAAUGUACGUUUAUUCAGUUCGUGCUUGAAACGGGUCUUGAAAUGAUGUGAAGUUUGAGAAGAUUGUUUGCGGUGUUUUGAAGUGUGUCAUUUAGCUGCCCAAAUUUAAUCGAGUAAUUCUCGCGAGAAUAAGAAGUAGACUGUUUCAUUUGUUUCCUUUCGCCUCGAAGUUCUUUCUAGCUUUUCCUUUCAAUUGAGUUUGCCAUUCUCAUCAGAAAUGUCCAGUUAAGGGCAACAAGCUUUUGUGCAGCAAAUGAUUAGUCUAGAAAUUUUGUCCCUGAGGAGCUAGGAGCUGUUUUUGAAAAGAAUGCGUUCAUUCUUAUCCCGAAAUAAUUAAAAAUGCGCACCUUCAGAUUCUAAAUCAAAUUCUCAUCCAUGCGCUGAAAUGGUAAGUAGUUAACAGUGACGCCUGAUUGAGUGAGCAUUUUGGUGAUAAGUAAUAUAGUCGCUAGGCUCAAAUUGGUGCUCAUCAUGUUUGUGCACAAAACAACAUAAUUUGGAUCUCUUCAACUAUUCAAAGGGAGAGGAGAUUCGUUACUGGUAUACUUAACCGUUGAAUUAUUUCUUUAAAGGGGUGGCAGUUCUUUACUAGGUACCAAAGGGGGGAUAGUUAAAGAGAUCCCAUAAUUUAAUAGUUAUUACAUUACAUACCUUUAUCUGCUGUCGCCAAUGCUAAAUUUGAUGAAUCUAAUUCUUCAAAAUAUUUGUUAAUAAUUUUAAAAAUUACGCUUGUCAAAUUCAACAAUUUACUCUUUUCAUUUU